GUCGAAUGUCCAAGUUAGCAUUGAAAGUAAUGUCAUUGUAUUGUCAGCUGCUUAUUUUUGUAUGCAGUUUUUAAAUUAAUUUCAAAAAAUGGAAACUAAGAAUGGAGAUGAAGAUUUUUGUCCAUGGCACAAAUGCGAUUUUAUGAAACUUUUACCAUAUUUUUUAGACUUGCCCGUCAAAUACAAUGAGAUAACAGUACCGCCAUCUAGAUUAUUGACAGAGCUUCAAACGCCCUUCCAAGAACGAUUAGACCAGCUUUCCAAACCCAUUAGGAAACAACAAAUACGAACGAAGGCUAAUACUUUUGCGAGAACGCCUGAUAUUGUUGUAUUUCAGAAUUUUGAAGAAUUCAAAGUUUACAAAGCAACAAUAACAUUCCUUAAUGUGAAAUCAGGAAGUAGAAAUUUGAAAAUUGACGAUAUUCAAUCUCCUUAUUUCGAUCUGGUGCGACCAGGAUGUGAAAACGAUUUCACAAAAAUCGCUCCCGGAGUGACUUAUACUCUUACUGUUAUUUUCAAACCGACUGCUGCAAGGGAUCAUUAUUUAGAAGUGGUUUGUACUACGAAUGAAGAAACAUUCAUCGUACCCGUUUAUGCAAUAGGACAUCGACCAAUGCUACGAAUAUCUGACGAACUGCAGUUGUCUCCUACUGCUGUUCGAGUUAUUUCUGAAAAAUCAGUGUUACUAUAUAAUUGCGGAAAAAUCAAUGCUUAUUAUAUAAACUCUAUUGAAGAACCUUUUAAAGUCUCUCCAGUGAAAGGUUGUUUGAAACCGAAUGAACUUAUAGAAUUAAAAAUAACUUGUAUUCCGAAGAAAAACGUUGAUAUCGUGAAAAGACAUUUGAUUUUAAAGUGCGAUGAUCUGUUUUUGAAAAUUCCAACGACAUGCGAAAUUCAACAAGCUGAUGUUUGUCUUAAACACAAUUCCGUUGAGUUCACCGAAGUUUUUGUUGGAUUGCAGAAUUAUAAGAAAAUAAGUCUUCGUAAUAAGAGCCCUUUUAGAUUAGAUUUCAAGUGGAAACAAUAUGAAACAGAAGAGGAAGAAAGAAAGGAAAGAGAGUCGAUUGCUAAAAAUCUGAAAGAUUUAACUGAAUUGGAGAAGACGAAAUCGACUAAACUGGAAUACAUGGAAGUGAUUGAUGAUCGAGGACAUAAAGUGAUAUGUGAUAAGGAGCUGGAGGACAAAUUGAACGUAUUAGAUGAAGAGAUGCCACUCAUGUACAAGAACGAAACUUUCAAAAUAAUUCCUAUGGAAGGAAAAAUAUUUCCCAACCAAUCUUUCGAUAUAACUGUCAUAUUUUCACCGCAAAAGAACGAUCUUUUCACCAGUAAGGCUUACCUCGAUAUAACUGGUAGACUCGAAAGGAUUCCUUUGAAUCUCUCUGGUAUAGGAAGAGGACCGAAUAUUAUUUUCAAUAUCAGCAAGCUGGAUAUCGGUUCAAUUUUUGUGGACGUUGUUCAUGAAUAUCAAGUUGUUGUUAAAAAUGAUGGUUUUGUACCUGCCAACGUGAUAUUCAAGCAGAAGAAAACUGAGUUUGGGGGCGUUAUCGAAUGUUAUCCCGAAUUUCAAUAUUUAAAAAGGAAUGAUGUUUGUAGAGCUUUUGUUAUCAGGUUCUCGUCGCACGUACAAGGUCAAUUUGUAGAAAGAGUCGAUUUUGAAAUACUUGAAUCCAAGGAGACUAUCAAUUUUUUAUUGGUAGGCAACGUAGUUUUUCCAAUUCUAAAAUUGAACGUCGAAGAAGUCGAUUUCGGGGACGUAUCAUUCGGAUCGGAGCUCACAAAAGAUAUCAUUUUAACGAACGAUUCUCAGGUUCCGAUAGAUUUUGUUAUUAAUAAUAAGAACAGGCGAUACGAACAAGGCGAAUCUAGCGAAUUUGAAAUUGAACCUUCUGCAGGCGUAGUACCACCUUUUACAAGUCAAACUAUCAUGGUGAAACUGACUGCUACGGUUCUCAACGAAGUCGGUGAAAAACUAAUUGUCAUGAUGUACGGUUCGGCAACGUAUCAAUUGGAAAUUCCAGUUCAUUAUAAGUGUCUUGCUCCCCAAUUGACCGUCGAACCGUCUGAAGUGUUUAUAAAUUUUUGCUUUAUAUCUUUUAUCUAUACAAGAGUUAUACUUUUCAAAAAUAAUACUAAUUUUUGCGGUCGAGUGAAAUAUACCCCUUUAGAGGGUCAGAAAAAUUUGGAGAUUUGCUUGAAUCCCACAGAAUUCGAAAUAUGCCAAGGAGAGAUAGUAGAAGUUAAUUUAAAAAUCAGUACAAAUGUAAGAGGACUGAAUGAAUAUCCUUUAAUGUUCACUUUACUUGGACAAGACGAACCUACAGAAAUGUGUAGAAUAAAAUGUAAUGGACAAGGACCAGUGAUAUCUUAUUUCCCGGAUGAGUUAAACUUUGGAAAUGUUACAUUGCUAACGACCAAAUCUAAGAAAUUAACUGUAGUUAAUGAUUCACCCAUUCCUGCAAACAUAAAAAUAUCAACGUCAUCUCCUGCAGUUAUUAAAGUAUCCGAAACCAAUUUCACAAUUGCACCAGAAACUGAGAAUGUUAUUGAAGUAGAAAUAUAUCUGAAAGAAAACGGAAGAAUUAAGUGUCAGGUGUUUAUUCACGUAGAGUAUUCCGAUAUGUUAACAGUACAGUUGUUUGGAGAAGGUGUAGGAUAUGCGAUAUUAUCGGAACCUAUACUACAGCCAGAAUACUGUCUUGGUACACAAUUGACUUAUAUUGCAACGAAAGUUCUUGUUAAUUUGACAAAUCUUGGAAAAAAACGACAUAAGUUGUAUUGGUCUCACGUACCAUUUCUUAAAACGUUUAAAGAACUGGAGGAUCCCGAAAAGCGUCUCAACAAACAAUCAGUUUUUGUAAUCGAACCAAGUUACAUGGAGUUAUCUCACAACCAAUCCCAAUUCUUCGAAAUUUCCUGUUCAUCUAAAAAACCAAAUUCUAUAGAAGAAUACGUUUAUUGUUACGCAAGUAUUGAAAAAUCCGCCAAGGUGCAUACAGUUUUCACGGUUUUAUUGAAGGUAAAAAUUGUUGAUGCCAAAUUAUCGUUCUCCACUCCAAGUUUGGAGUUUGUAGAAAUGCACAUUCCGACAAUACCCGAAGAAUCGUUGUGUUGUCUUACGUAUAAUAAAGACAAGGGGAUGGAAAUUGAAAAAUUGAAUCUGGAUUUCGAAUCUAAUAUGAGCGGUGCUGUAACCAUAACCAAUGAAACCGAGAUACCUCUGAAUAUGAGUUUGAGUACUAGUCCAUACUUUUAUAUCAUGGAUGAAAAUGUACCAAUGAGACGAAUAGAAUAUAUAUUGGAUGUCGAAGAAAAACUGAAUGUGAUAAUCUCGUACACGCCAAUAUUAGAAGAUAAACGGUACAAAAAGGAAUGCGGAAAAUUGAUGGUGGUUAUCUGUGAAUAUCCCAAAUCGGAAUCGAUAUCUCUAAUAGGAGAAGUAUACUUCCCGUCUCUCAAAUUAUUUCCUGAAAAUGUGGAUUUCUCCUGUAUACCAGUGGGAUCUUGUGUCAGUCGUUCAAUAAUUUUACAAAACAUCACGUUUUUACCAUUGGAAUAUACACUAGAAAUUGAUAUGGACAGUUUUGUCAUCGAGAAACUACCCGUGCCAGAUUAUUUAUCAGCAGGAAAAUGGAGUGUUUCCAGUAAGGCCUUAUCUUGUAAGAGCAUAGAACCAAUUACUUCAAAGCUCAAGAAACAGUCGAUUGAGAUUUCCAAAUUUGAUCAAAUUUUCGAGUAUAAAAAUGAGAUAUCUGACGGACUUAUCGAAUAUAUACCUGUUAAACAUGUAGGAAGUCAAGGAAUGAUGUCAGUGCUUUCGACGUCAAUAGCAAAUACGGAUUCGGCUCUAAGAAAAGCUCAAAAGAUACUCAAAGAUAUAGCAUCAAUUAAUGAAGAGGAACAAAUAGUCGAUAUUUUGGAAGAAAAACAAUUUAAACAACAAAACAGCAAUCGAUUCAGAUUAAAUGAAAUAUUGGCGAUAGAACCAUGGAAGGGAUGUUUGAAACCGUAUGAAUACGGUUCGCUCACCAUAUAUUUCUCGCCACCUCCAAAUAUACGGAUGAAAUGUACUGCAGUUUGUAAAAUAGAAGGCGGCGAAGAAGAGCGCAUCCAAAUAACCGGUCUAUGCUCUAAUAUAUAUUAUGCAUUUGAUAAAAACUCCAUAUAUCUCGGAAAUAAGCUUUUCUGUGAAGUAAUAGAACAUUCUUUGAUUCUCGAAAACAAAGGAUUUCAUGACUUCAAUUACCAGAUUGAUUCUGACGAUAUUAAAAUUUUUCAUAAAAACCAAAUCAAAUCUAGAUGGCUCAACAUUUUUCCGAAUAAAGGUUUUUUGGAAGCUGGAAGAGCGGUGGAACUGAAAAUAAGGUACUUUCCAGGAAUAGCCGGACCUAUAAAUGAAAAUAUAGUAGUUAAUAUUGAUUAUUUGGACCCAAUUCGUAUACCGAUGUCGGGUUAUGCCGUAUUUUCACAAGUCGCACUUAGCCUUCUUAGACAUGAAAUGUACAAAUUUUCCAAGGAAAGGAAUUAUAUAGGAAUCGGAUCGAUUACUGAUAGAUACCUCAACGAACAACCGUACCGAAAAAAAGUAAUAACUUCAUCAGAACAUUCUGAAGCUGUGAGAAAAGAUGGAUUAGAUUAUUUGGAAGAAGAUGGUUGGGUGAUUAUUUAUUCCGAUGACUACAUGCCUUCGACGACUGAAAUAGAUCUAGCGAUCGAAAGAAUCAUUCUAAAUGACCAUUUACGAAGAAAUUAUGAUAUUCUUCGAUUACAUAGUAUCACCCAUAAACAAAAGAUAAUUCCUGAUUUCAAGGUGCCGUUUUAUGUAUUAGAUUUCGGUUACGUUGCAGUGGAUAGACCUGUAUGCUUCACAAUACUAAUCCUCAAUUAUGGUCCCGAGCCAACUAUAGCAAGGAGAAUCAAAUCAAAUUCGUCUUCUUCGCAACUGAACCAACUGCACAUAGAGUACAAGGAGAAGGAGAUACAAGUCGGUGAAAUCGCUGAGUUGUACGUCGUUUUUAAACCCACUUUGGAAUAUCAAACCUUUUACGAUAAAAAGGUCAAAGAUUUUUUGUUUUUGGGCGUCAAUCAUGGUGCGACAAUUCCAAUUAUUAUAACAGCUACAGUUUCGAUACCCAAGUUCAAAUUCUUGAGGAAAUGUUUAGAUUUCGGGAUGGUGAUAGUAGGAAAUGCUUUCAAAAAGUCGAUAAUUAUAGAGAAUCCGGGAUGUUUACCUUGUAAUUGGUCGACAGCAGUUCGAAGUUUGAAUAAUGAAAAUAAAUCAUAUUACAUAAUACCUCCGCAUGGUCAAUUAUUAGCGAAUUAUAAAGGACUCAUGCAUAUUUAUUUUAUGCCGGAGAAAGAAGGAUAUCAUCCCGCGGAAGUUGUGGUCAACAUCGAGGGGAAUCCAGUUCAAUUGGUUUUGAAUCUUUGUGGACAUGCGGCCCUACCUAAAUUGGCGAUCAAAGAAAAAUUCAUAAAAUUCGAUGCCAUUAUACCUUACACCGACCCCGAUGUUCAAACACUCUUAAUUCAGAAUGUUUCCACGUUUCCAAUCGAAUUUUGUUUCACGGAUUUUGAUGAGAUUUAUGAUGAGGAAAAAAUGCUUAUGGAUCUGUUUAUGGAUUAUCACAAUAUAAAACUUUUGUUAAUCCCAGAGAGGAAACCGGGAAAUUCAAUGCGCGAAGUUUUCAAAAAUACGUACAAGUUUCUAUUUCGCGAGCUGAAGAAACUGAUGGAGGAAAAUGAAGCUUUGGAAAAAUUAUCGAAAGAAGAGAUAAUAGGAUUGAUAAAAGAGCAUGUCAAACCUCUCAAUAUUCCCAUAGCAGACGAUACUACUGAUAUACAACAAGUUGACAGCGAAGAAAUAGAAGGUUUCGGUAUAAUAAAUACCGCAACAGCAAACGAGUUGCCAGAUACAAGAAACGGAAUCGUAUUAAUAUUCCAUGGAGCACCUACAACAGAAUACUACAAGGCAGCUAAUGAAGCAUCAAAAAUAUUAGGGGUAGAUGAAAUUACAAGUUUUGAUAGAUUGAUUUGCCAAGAAUUGAUAUUGAAUGAAUCCGAAUACGCCAAAGAAAUCAAUCAGAAAAUCGAGAAAAGUUUGAGAGGUUAUGAAGAAUCGGUGCGCGAACCUUUUGACGAUGAUUACGAUAUGUUAUUGAAGAAAAUUGAUGUUUUACUAUAUGGAAAAAAAACUGUCAAAAUUAACAAAAAUGUCAAAGAUAAGAAAAAUAAGAAAAAAGAUGGGAAAGACACUGAUGAAAACGUUAAAGAAGACAGUAAAAAAAGUGAGACGAAUAAAAGUGACAAAAGUACGAAGUCCAAUGAAUCGAAAGCCUCAAAAAAAAGUAUGAAAUCAACGUUUCUGGAUAUCAGUCCUCAAGUAUACGCAAAUUUGUUAAAAUCCACAUUCAAUAGGUUGAAACAAACUGUGGUCAUUGAAAGUUUGAACAGUACAUUGAUGCCAAAUCCUCUACUUGUGCUCGAAGUUUUGUUACACGGAAUUGGCAACGUCAAAUUUAUUAUGCUGAUACUACUGUCAUUAAAUUUGUUCGACUAUAUUGAUUAUCAAGUGACUGAACGAUAUAAAAAAUAUUUAGAGGAUGAAGCGAAAAAUAAGCAAAUACAAGAAGAAAAAGAAAGAAAGAAGGUCAUGAAGAGCAAUCGUACCCGUAUUACCGUACCAUUUCAAUCAGAAAGUGUAUUAAUAGAAAAACAAGAAAAAGUACUUAAAAAGAGGAAUGAACAUGGUUCGGAAACACAGAGAGACUAUGGUAAAAAAUCGGAAAAAGAUGAAGUUGCUGGAGCUAGCAAGGAGAAACACCUACAUAUGGGUAAAGGCGAUGGUGAUGCAACUGUGAAGAAGACAAAGACAAAAGGUUCUGAAGCUAUGAAAAAUGCGGAAGGUGCAGCACAAAUCGCUUUAAUAAGGAAACAGGUCAGUAAGGAUAUUUCAAAGUUAUUAGAAAGUCAGUUCGAUAGGUUUUCCGAUUUUCAAGAUAACGCUCUGGAAUUAGCUGAGUUCUGGGAUAGACGACAAGGAAUACUGAUCAAGCCACCUGCUGCAGUAGUUAAGCUCGAUAAGAAACAUAAGCGUAGAUCCUCGAAAGCUAAUUUAUCACUCAACUUCACUCAAACAGUGACACAAUCAACAGAAAAUUCUAGAAAUAUCGGUAUCCCGAUAAUAAUUAUCAAUAACGCUACCCCACUCAGAUAUAAUGACGAUGUCUCAGAAAUCGUUAAUAACUUGUUAUCAUCCAAUUGCGAGCUCAAAACUAGUUUGGAAGAGUUGAGAUGUUCAUCUGAUGUUAUCUUAAAAGAAACCAGCGUCAUGUAUUCCGUUUUGAAAAAUAUUAAAAGAUACAAGAAAGUAAAAUCAAAUCAUUUCAAAAUAGAAUACUGUCCUUUGCCUCUAAGCGAUUCAUUUGAACCGGAUAUAACCUCAGACUUAAAUACACAGACGAGUAUCGCCACUCCUCAAAGCUCGGGAAGAUCCAAGAAGAAAAGAAAAGGAAGCCUCAUUAGAAGUGACCGUUUCGGAGACAUUGAGAGUCGAUCAAAAAUUCUAGAUGUCAAUAAUUCAGCAUUUUCGUUGCGAAUCAUUAAUCCUGGAGAAAUAAUGAAAUACGCAAUUUCAUUCAUACCAACGAGUUUUGGCGAAUUUUUUCACAGUUACCGGAUCGAAAUAAUGGGUUAUAAUAAUCAUUGCUUCUUCGUCAAGUGUUGCGCUGUUUCUGAAUUACCCAGAAUCGAUUAUGAACCUGAAAUGAUGUUCCCGAAAUGUUUGCCGAGUGUACGAGAAAAGCCCGUCUAUGAAAAUUUCGUAUAUAUCAUUGAGGGGGAUGUUUUUGAUUUUGGAUCAAUCCUUCUGGCUACUUCGAAGACUCCUGCAUAUGAAACCGUAAUGCAUCUAAAGAACACGUCUGGAAUUGCUUGCCAUUUGUAUCUGGAAAUGGACGAGCUCUCACAAUUCGAAUUAGAUAAAUAUUCCAUUAUGAUUCCACCAGAAGGGGAAAUUGCUGUUAAACUGGCUUGCACGGGGACCAAGAAAGGAAAUUUUCAAACUACGCUCUAUAUGACAGUUGCAAAAAAUCCAGUUGUGUACGAAGUACAGCUCCAAGCAAGAGUAUGUCCCCUGGAAUUCACUAUUCUACCAAAAUCUCUGAUAUUCGAAAAAGUACCUUUGAAUUAUACUGUAACAAAAACCAUUAAACUUACCAAUUCAACACCGAGAGAUUUACAAUGGAAAAUUGAUCUUUCCCAUGAUUUGAUGAGAAUGUACACAUUUUCAAAUACGGAAGGAACAAUUAAAUUCUAUUCAACGGGAAAAAUUAUUGUUGGAUACACUCCAACCUCGGAAGAAAUUAAUCCAAAAGUUUCUAUUUACAUACAGAUAUUUGAUUUGAGCUGCUCGGACAAAGUUCCUUUCUCGACAGAAGCUGUAACUUUGCAAUCGGAUUCGGUAGAAUAUGUACUUAAUUACCAAGAUCACAUAGAUUUUGGAGAAAUAAAAGGAAAACUCCAGCAUACUGCUCCACUGAAUCUGAUAAAUGGAAGUAAAACUUUUAUAAGUUUGCAAGUUGAAAGGAUUCAAGAUGAUUUAACUCACGAGUGGGACAAAGUCAGCUCAUUCUUCAUAGUUAAAAACGAAACGGAAAUUUUGCAACCACAGAAAUCAUCAGCGGUAGCUUUUGUUUUCCACCCUACCAAAGAAAUAAAAUUCAAUAAAGUUCCAUUGUUUCGAUGCAAAAUUUUAGACGUUAAUAAACCAGAUGAAGUUGUCAGUUCCUUCGACAUCAAAUUUUCCGCAGUAGUUUAUUUAUCAAGAUUUUCCUUGUGUCCCGCCACAGAUAUUUAUUUUGGCGCCAUAGAUCUUUCUCAGGACAGAACACUGCUUCUGCAGAUUAAAAAUAUUGGAAAAUGUCCAUUCAAGUACACUAUCACUGCUCCUGUCAAGUCAGAAAAAAAGAAAAAUACUGAUGCAUCAAAAAGUAGUAAAUCAAGUAAAAGUUCCAAAUCCACCAAAUCAAGCGAGAAAACCGACAAAAGCAAUAAAACGGGCGACUCGAAGCCUUCGAAAGGAUCCAAAGGAACAAAGGAGUCGAAAAAAUCGAAAAGUUCCAAAUCUAAAGAUUCAAAGAAAGUAUAUUCUACAACGUUUUCAUUUCAAGCAAACUUAGAGGUUAAGAAGGAAAAAGAAACAAUAUUAAAAAUUAGUUGUUUCACAAUUGUUUCUUCCACUGGAAGUGCUAAUCCUGGAGAAACAGUUCCAAUAAAAAUAACUUGUAAGCCUUCGACUCUGGAAACUUUGAAAGAAGUUAUAGUUGUAAAUGUAUCGGAACCGAUAAGAAGUUUAAAUAAGGGCAAGACUAUCACCCUACAUGCGGAAGGAUCAGAACCAAAACUCGUCUUUGAUGAUUUUCAUAGGAUGUUUAAGGAACAUUUUAUUGUAAAGUAUGAAGAGGAACUAAACAGACCAAAUGACAUCGGAGCGUACACCUACUUUGUUGUGUCAAAAAAUAGUUUGAACUUCGAAAACGUAUGCGUAAAUACGAGUUAUUCCUCGAAAAUAUAUAUACAAAACAUCGGACAAGUUCAAGCAGAUACUUCAUUGAAAAUUUUCGAUUGUAAAAAUUUUACAGUUUCGCCAUCAUUUUUAAGAAUAGAACCUUACAGCACUGCGGGUGUUUCUAUUACAUUCAAGCCAGAUACCAUAGAUAUAUUUGAAGGGAAAUUGGAGUGUCGAUAUAACGCUCAAAGCUCCAACUGUUACAUUUUGAAUUUAAUUGGGAGCAGUUGCGUGCCCCAAAUUAAAAUUAUCAACAUACCAUCAGAAAACGAUAAUUUGUACCAAAUAUUUUUUACGCCCACAUACGUUGACGAAAUUCGGAAUCAAAAUAUUUGCGUUCAAAAUGUAGGAAUAGUUCCGUGUCAAAUCAUUGUCAACUUUUCCAAAAAUUAUAAAAACAUGUUCCACAUUCAACGGAACAGACAUGAACAAGAUUCGAGUGAAACCAAAACUGAUCAGAACAAUACUACUGCACCAAUUAACAUUAAUUUGGUCCCUAAAGAAAGCGCUGAGUUUGGGAUUUCAUUUAAACCGAAUACACGUGUUAUGGCGUUUGGACAAAUUGAGUUACUGAUUUUGAAUAAUCCGUUCGAAACUAAAAAAAUUGAACUAUAUGGACAAUGUUACGGAGGUGAUGUAUCUAUUACCGGUUUACCCAUUUACAAUCCAUCUGGUUGGAAAUCGAAGAAAAAUGACAUCGCAUUUACUUUGGAUUUUGGAUACGGACCACUUAAAAUCGUUCAGAAAAAAUAUUUUUUCAUCAGAAAUAAUUCGACGACGUGCGCAUAUAAAUUCGAAUUCGGUAACGGUAUUCCAAAUCUGGCUUUCGUCCCGAAUGUUGGCCAUUUGAAGCCACUCAGCAAAAAGGAAAUUUCUGCUACGAUAUCUUCGAAAACACCCUUGGAUAUAAAAAAUGAACAAAUAGAAUUCAGUUACGUUCCAAUUACUUUCUUGGUACCAAACGAUACAGGUCUUAGCUGGGACAAUAGAUAUUUACUACUAUCUUCAUCGGAUAAAAAGAAUGUUCCAUCCGACGACGCUGAUAAUACACAAACAUAUUUCGAUGAUUGCGUUGAAUCUGCCAUUGAAAGUUACACCAGCCAAAAUCCUACCGAAAAAGAUGUAAAGACACAAUUGGAAAUAGAUAAUAAAGAACCUCCAAUAUUAGUGAAUAGUGAAGAUUGGGAAAUGGUGAAUUUCAAUGUACUAUUCACAACGGAUUUCGCAACCUACAAAUGUAGAACGUCAGAAGUGAUUUUUCCUGAUACAUUCGUUAAAGAUAAAAGCACCUUUUCUUUUGAUAUUAAAAAUACUGGUAUAAUUCCUUUAUAUAUAGAAUGGAAAUUAUUAUGUGUUGAUGUCCUACCGAAAAGCCAAUCGUUUCUGAUUCCGAAACCAGAUGAAUCAAACUCCAAUGAGAGAAGUAGAAAUAAUUCACACACAGUACAUCAAAAAUCCUGUCUCUUCAAUAGAAGUGAUUACCCAAUUAAAAUAAUACCAGAAACCGUAGUCAUAGCUCCGAACGAAGUAGCUCCAGUUAAACUUGCUUUUGUUCCUAAUAUCGCUUGCCAGUAUUACCUAAGACUCAAGUCGAAUAUUAAAUCGUUGAAACCGGAUUUGAGAAAUAUCGAGAUAGAUAUAACGGCUCAAAGCUUAGAUCCAGAUUAUUACUUCGAACUAGAAGAUUCUGAUUAUAUGGAAAAGAGAGCCGUGAUCAAGUGUUCAAAUAACGAUGCAGCUAAUUUAAAAGUUGUGGAAAUACAUGCUAUUGGAGUCGGCGAAGCUGUGACUAAAGCAUUCACUUUAGUUAACAGUAGCGAUAAAUGUUUGAAUUUCAAGAUGGAACAACUAAAGGAAGAGAAUUCGUUAUCGUAUUUCCAUUGCAUAACUCCAUCUGCAGUUGUUGAAAAACAUAUGAAGUAUGAAUUGAUCGUAUGUUUCACGCCACAACAGAUAGGUACUUUUGAAACAGAGUAUUUAUUUACCACACAAGAGAAACAGACCGAAACUAGAUUUAUAAUUGCCGGUUUCUGCACAAAUCCAAAGGUUUAUCUGAAACAACCUCACCUGUACAUUAAACCAACAUUGUUAUCAUUACCUAGACAAGAAAAAAUGAUUUUGAUAAAUGACGAGAAUCGACCAUUUGGGUUUAAAAUAUUCAAAAAUUCAUUGUUAUCUUUGGAUCACCUUCAGAAACUCAAAGUGUCACCUAUGAAUGGAUCAUUACCUCCUAAUUCUCACGUUGAAUUACAAAUUAUUUACAAUGCUGAAAUGGUAGGAGAAGCUAAUUUUUCGGCGCAAUGCUCUGUUGAAAAGAUGGCGAAUCCUUUGACAUUGAAUAUUACGACGAAAUGUUUCCAAAUCGAGUGCAAAAUUCAAUAUGUCAAUCAAAACGGAGACCAUGUUACUAUGGAUCCUAAUAUUGAUAAUAUUAUCGAUAUGGGAAAGAUUGGAAUCAAAAGCAGACAUCUUCUAAUGAUCACUUUCACGAACACGGGAGUAACUGGAUUUUUCUACAACUGGGUUUUCAACAAAGUCAACAUUGCACAUUUGAUAAAUAUCACUCCGAAAAAAUCCAAGGAAUUCAUUAGUGCUGGAGCCGUAGUUGAACGAGAACUUGUAAUAGAAACCUUCAAAAAAUACACUCUCAAUAAUUACCCCCUGAAAAUUGUAAUACCAUACGGACCUACUUAUAAUAUAAAGUUGAACAUAUCAGCGGAAUAUUCGAUGUGUAAUUUCUCAUUCUCGACUUACAAUUUUGGUAAUUGCGUUAUACAACCGGGUAUGAGAAAGUACUAUUCAGUCAAUUUGGAAGUUAAAAAUCGUGAACCGCAACCUGUAAAAAUAGAAAACCAUCUAUUAGAAAAUGACAAUUUAACUGUCGACUUUACAAGUGUAAACGUCGGCCCUAACUGCGUAAAACGAUUACCAAUUUACUUCCAUCCCAGAAGAGAAGGACUAUACGAUUUCAAUGUACCAAUGGUGUUGAAAUGUGUGAAACGUUUUAUCAAAAUAAGCGGAAACGGGGUGAAAAUUGAUUUGCAGCUUCAUAACCCCAAAGACGCUUUUAUUGAUAUGGGACCAGCUAAAUUGGGAGACACGAAUACGUACAGUUUUUUUGUCGUCAAUAAAACACCCGUACAAGUUGAAACAUCAAUGAUAUUAUCAGAUGAAGAUCUACCACCGAUUACUGUACACGCUGAAGAAUCUAUCAAACCGGAGAUUAUAGUACCGGUUAUAUCGUCUCCAGAAAAAGAAAAAAAGAAAAAAGGUGCCGGUUCCAAAGUAGCUUUAAAUAGUGGCAAAAAGAAAGAUGAAGAUGGUAAAUCAUCAAAAGCGUCGGGAACAGAUAAAAAGAAAGUAACUGACGAUAAAUCAUCGGCAAAUUCGUCAAAUAAAAAUCGUAAGAAAGAAGUCGAGAAAGGCGAAGAAGAAAGAAAGGGCAAAGCAAUUUUGGAAAAACAAAAACCAGGCGGGAUGGUCGUAUUUGAAGAUGCGCUCGAAAAAGAGAUUCCACAAUUUUUCAUCUAUCCUAAAACCCCAGUAAAGAUGGAACCAAAUAAGAAAUACGCAUUUACUGUAGAGUUCAAACCACAAAAAAGGCAGGAAACAUUCACCAAAAAAAUAUAUUACAAAAUUUUUGAUUACACAGGAUUGUUGAGUUCGGUGAAAGCUAGUUGUUUAGUACCAGAAUAUUCCCUGGAUCAAGAUCUGCUAACUUUUUGUAACGUCAUUGUCGGCAAUGAACGAACCAAUAACGUACUAUUAAGAAACACCGGGGAUUUACGCGUCAGAUUUAAAUGGAUAACUGAAGGUCUGUUGUACUUCAAAAUACAACCAAUAGACGGAUAUUUGAGUCCUCGCUGUGAAAUCAAAAUCAACAUUACAUUUAAAUGCGACCUUCUAGAAGGACAAAUAAUAAGAAAGUGUAAAUGUUUGAUUGAUAAUGAACAUACUCUAGAAUUAUCACUAGUUGCCAAUACAGUUGUUAGACCAGAUCCAAAGGCGAUAAUACAUUUCUCUUGUCCUGUUAGAGAAAUUUGCACCGAACAUAUAACUUUCACCAAUCCGUACAAAGUAUCUUGGACUCUCCGUCCGAAGUUGACCAACGAUUAUUUCAAAGUACCUUCUGAAGUACUGAUCGACCCCCAAUCAAAUUGUUCUUUUCCGGUAGAGUACCACCCAAAAAUGAUGACAACUUUCAAUUAUUUGGAUACAGCAACAUUGAUAUUACCGAUGGAUGACAAAGAAAUAGUUUAUUCCUUAGAAGGAACAGCUCUGCCGCCUUUACCAGAAGGCAGGAUAACAAUAGAAAUAAAAGCUAAACAGAAUCAUUGCCAGACGCUUCUUGUUAAAAACUGGUCAAACAUCCGACUAUGCUGUCAAGUACAAACAAUACUGAAAAGUGUUCCUACUCCAAAAACUUUGUAUAAAGUAUUUGGAAUGGAAUCUGUGGAAGUGAAUCAACAAGAAGAAAAGAAUUAUAAAUGGAAUAUUUAUGUUAUUAAUGAAGAAACUUUGGAAUUCAACGUGAUAUUCAAAGACAAACUGACCAAAGAGUAUUUGUAUUACGAGAUAGUAGUCAAAGUUUUACCGCCUCCGCAAAAAUCUAUGAAAGAACUAAUCACGUGUGUGAGACAAGUUGUUAAAUCGAAAAUAACUUUGGAGAAUCCCAUAAAUGUUGCCGUGAUAUUCAUUCUAGAUGGUGGACCACCGGAGCUGCAGUAUGAAAAAAUCGUUAAUAUGCCACCCUAUACGAAGUACGAAGUAGAACUAACUUAUUUACCCAUCAGAAGCGGUGAAAUUAUAACAUCGAUAGAUGCACGAUGUAAUGAACUCGGUUCCAUAACCUACCCUUUUAAACUGAUAACUAAUCCACCACCAAUUGAAAAUCCGAUACUGAUUGUUGCGGAAUUAGGUUAUAAAGGAUAUGGAAAUGCGACAAUCAAAAAUAUAUUUUCUUCGCCGUUGGAAAUCACUGGAAAGUUCGAUGACGUUGAAUUCACGAUGGAAAAGGCUAAUCCCAUACAACCAGGAGAAACAGGCCACGUUCCAAUCAAAUUUGAACCAAGCAAAUUGGGCGUCUUGAGUAGUAAAGUGAAUCUAACUUCUUCUAUAUGCGGAACAUUUACAUUCCCCCUUCAAGGAGAAAGUAUCGAACCAACACCGAAAGGCCCGUAUUUAAUAAAACCUGAUGGAAAUACUCAGAUAAACUUCUUCAAUCCUUUUAACAAUACAAGAACUUUCUUCUACUAUUGCGAUUCCAAUAUAUUUGAAACGAAACUGAGAUUCGAAGAAAUAAAAGGAAGGAAAUCGACGAAAAUAAUCGUCGGUUUUAGUGGUAAUAAAGCCGAUGUAGAUCUGAAUUUCCCGUCCACAGGAAAAUUAAUUGUUUCCUCUGACAAUCAAGAUGACGAUGACUCGAUUAAAUGGACAUACUAUUUGCAAUUAGAGAAGUAAUCGUUUGAUAUACAAUCAUGGAAGUAUAGUUAUUUGCAAUCUACAGAUAUUAUACAUUUAUUAUUGUAUUUUUGGUUAGUAAUAAUAAUUAUUUGAAAAUUGA